AUGACAACUUCUUGCAGUAAUAUCCGUGUGGUAGUCGGUAUUGAUUUUGGAACAACGUUUUCGGAGAAUUUAGGAUUCGCGUAUGCUAACGUGGCGAAUCCCGAAAAAAUUGAAACAAAUGAUAUAUGGCCUUCUAAGACGGGUGAAAAUAAAACAAACACAGUGAUUCGAUACGAUGAAAAAUUUGAAUUGAUUCAGUGGGGUUUACCAGCAUUAGCUGAGAGAACGAGCAAAAAAGACAAAAACUCAACAUCUAAUAGCUCCCAUAAAAUUGCUGAAUUAUUUAAAUUACAUCUCGGGAAAAUAUCUUAUGAAAAUAAACCACCAUUACCCUCAGGCUUAGAUCCUAAAAAAGCAGUCACUGAUUAUUUGCGAGAAAUGGGAAAGCUCAUGAAAAGCACAAUAUCUGCUCGGUGGCCAGGAUUAAUUUAUUAUCAACACGUUCGCAUCGUUCUCACUGUACCGGUUGAAUAUGACGAAAAAAUUCGUUUUAUCAUGCGACAAUGUGCCUACGAUGCUGAACUUAUACUUACACUUGAAUCAGAAAAUUUGGAAUUCACGACAGAGCCUGAAGCUGCUGCGAUUUACUGCCUCGGAAAUUUGAACGAACAUCCAUUGAAAGUUGGAGAUUCCUUUUUAGUGGUAGAUUGUGGCGGCGGUACGAUCGAUUUGACAAUUCGUACCCUACUCCCCAAUUCCAGACUAAGUGAAUUAACUGAAAGUACCGGAGAUUUCUGCGGCUCCACAUAUAUUGAUAAAGAAUUUAAAAAGUUUCUAGGCGCUAAAAUCGGAAAAUCAGCUCUCAAAUUGGUAGAAGAGAAACAUUAUCCUAAGCUACAAUAUUUGAUUCAAGAUUUCUGCGCGAAUAUAAAACUUCCAUUCGAUGGUGAUGAAAAAAACUGGCAAGAUAAAGAAAUUGAUAUUGAAGAAAUUUGUCCCGUUAUUAUGCAAUAUGUCAAAGGCGAGGAAAGAGAAGAGUUAGAAGGAUGUGAAUGGGUUAUUACAUUAGACUUUCGGACAGUUAAAUAUUUCUUUGAUAAAGUCAUCGGAAACAUUUUAAGGCUAAUUCGUGAACAACUGGCCAAUUCGGAAAAGACUAUUGCUGCAAUUUUUAUGGUUGGCGGGUUUUCUGAAUCCAAGUACUUGUUACAGCGUGUCCGACAGGAAUUUAAUCGCCAAGUUCCGUAUAUUUCAGUCCCGUCUUAUCCAGUCACCAGUGUUAUUAAGGGUGCUGUUAUAUAUGGUCUGAAAAUGGAUACAAUUAAAACACGUGUACUCAAAAAAGCUUACGGGAUCGAGCUUUACCGCGAUUGGACCCCUGAUGAUCCAAUCGAAAAAAUGGACGUUCUAAAUGAUCAAAAGAAGAUUUUAGCUUUCAAAAAAUUAGCUGAAAAAGGGACGGAAGUUGACGUAGACCAAGAAUUCAAAAAUACGUCUUGGCCAACCUUUGCAGAUCAGAAAGUUUCAUCUUUUAAAAUAUACACUACUAGUAAGAACGAUGCAAAAUAUUGCAACGAACCAGAAAUGAACUUAUUUGGAAGACUUGGCUUGGAAUUGCCUGAUGUUAACCUUGGCCUCGAUCGUCCAGUCGAGUUUACCUUGACUUUUGGUAAAAUGGAAACACGUGCUUUUGCACGAAGCCUCAAAUCGGGAACGACUGCUAAGGCAAGCUUUAGGCUAGAAUUAUAA